AACAAAUACUAUUGUUUACCGUUAAAUACAUAUAAAAAAUUAAUCUGUUCGACUGCCCACUUUGAAUUUAAUCUAAGUUAAUAAAUAGAAUUAUCGGUGAUUUUAAUUCAUCAAAGACCAUUUGUUCAAGAGAUUUGUGUAAAACAAUUUUUCAAAGUGACUUAAAUAUACAUGAUAAAAUUUAUAGAUAUAGCAUUUGAAUUGGAUACUUCUUGAAUUCUUCGUUAACUUGGGAUUUUGCUUGGUUCUGUACUCAGUAUUUGUGGAACUUCUACUUUGCGUUAAUGGCAAUGAAGGCGGCCCAAGAGCAACUUGAUGGACGAGAAACAGACGACAUUGGAAAUCAGGAUGCAAAUUCAAAACAUGAUGAAAAUCAAAAUUUUCCGGUUCAGAAUACAUCGGACACGAAAAGGGAAACACAAACUGUUCAAAUUGGAAAUCGAAGUGCUUCAUUAUUUUUGAGUUCAGCAUCCAUUAAUCUUUCGAAAGCUAAACCAAAAGACACGAGCAAUGCAAAACAAUCACCAUCAACUACGCCUGCGCCGAUAUCUAGACAGACUACAAAAACAAAACGUGAAAAAUCCCGAUUGAUUCCGGAUGAAAUGCUACAGAUCAGACCAACAAGGGAAUUUACUUUCACUGGAUACGAUAUAAUGGCAGAUGUUGCUUCACCAGAGGGUUCAGACGACGACGAAGAUGACGACGACGACACUCGUCAGAUUAAAAGCACAUAUCGUAACACAUGUAAAAUGCUAGGUGUUACACCUGCAUCAUCAUUUAAAAACCAGGUGGCGACACCAGCUAUUACCAUGAGAAGUCACCCGACCGGACCCGAAGGAGUCAGAGCGAUGGCGAUCGCAUUAGUUGAUAAUCAAGUAGUUACUAGUUUAGAUUUAGAAGACAAUGGUCUGUUUACAGAUGGUGCUAAAUAUAUAGCAGAAAUGCUCCAUAAAAAUAGAACUAUCAUUGAUCUCAAUAUAGCAGAAAAUUUAAUUGGUACAGAAGGAGUACGUGCAAUAGCAGAUGUGUUACAUGUCAAUCAUAAAAUUACCUCAUUAGAUAUAUCAGGAAGUGGUUUAGUAGAUACAGAUGCACUCGUGUUAGCGGAUAUUUUGCAAAACGCUCCAUGUUUACGUGAAUUAAUUCUUAGCCAUAAUAAGUUUUGCGGUGAAGGAGGGAUGAUUUUAGGAUCAGCUAUAGCAACUAACGAUACCUUAAGAAUUUUAGAUUUGAGUUGGAAUCAUCUUCGAGGUAAAGGUGCCAUGGCCAUAGUAGCAGCAUUACAGAAAAAUAUUGGUCUACGCAAACUAGAUAUUUCAUGGAAUGGUUAUGGCAAAGAUGAAUGUUUUAUUCUGAGUCAUGCACUGCAAGAAAAUACAACACUAAAGGAACUUGAUAUAUCCAAUAACCGACUGAACAAGGAAGCCAUAAAACACCUUUUAGAUGGAAUACAAAAUGGAGACGGUCUGGAAACUCUACGUAUACGAGGUAACCCUGUUUCACCGGAACUAGCACUAGCUAUAGUAAAAGUAAUACAAGAGUCCGAGAAUUUCCGGAUACAGCAGUUGGACAUGGGGGACAUAGACGUCAACGAAGACUUUGUGUCCGUUGUUGAUGAUAUAACAAUGUACAGGCCCUUUGAAGUAUUAUAUUCAAAUGUGUUAAAACAUGGCGGCUUACAAAAACGUGAAGUGGAAGGCAUAGACUAUAAUGUGAACAUGGUUGACGAACUUUUCAAAUAUAUGCAUGAAAAUAAUUACCGAGUGAUAGAUCUAAUGAAAUGGCUGGACAAAGAUGGCAGCAUGAGUGUCAGUAGGGAAGAGUUUAAACAAGGGAUGAAAACAGCACAGUUUCCAUUGACAGAAUUUCAGCUAGACAAAAUGGUAGACGAACUAGACAUGGAUGGUGAUGGCGAAGUUGAUUUCUCAGAACUACUUGCAGGCGAAAGGAUAUUCAGGCGGAGAAUGAGAAGACGAUUAGAAAGAGAAAAAGCAAAUGCCAAACGUAGAGCAGAAUUCAAAAGAACAAAAGUACUUUUGACAAUAGGAGAACAUUCAUGAAUUCACAUAGUAGUAUCAUUUGACCAUUGACUGUGACAAUUUAUACGCAUUAUAAUAAUCAUAACCAUUGUCUUUCAUGACGUGUUUGUUGAUUAAACUACAACUAUAAUAGAUUU